AUGGCUUUGGUGAGACGUCUCUUGGGUGCAAAGAAGAUCCUGAGCUGCUCCGUAACAGCUACUACACCAAAAGGGUUUCUUGCGGUGUACAUUGGCGAGGAACAGGUCCAGAAGAAGAGAUACAUAGUUCCUGUUUCAUAUUUGAACCAACCUUCUUUUCAAGCUCUCUCACUAAAUCUGAAGAAGAGUUUGGUUUUCAUCAUCCCAUGGGUGUCUUAA